ACCCACCUCGUUUCUCGUUAUCAGCAGAAUAGUAAGAUAAUCAUAAUACCUACUCAUUGCGGACUUUGUAAUGUAACAAACGCCGAGACUUCAAUACUCAUUACAUCUUCAAUUUUAUAUCAAAAUUGAGUGGAGUAACAAAAUUGACUAGUGUGUUAUCAAUAUAUAAAAAAAUGUGUAUUCUAUUCACAUACAACGGCACAGGCGAUGACGACAGCGACUAUAGUCUCAUAUUGGCAUCGAAUAGAGACGAGUUCUAUGACAGGCCGGCGAACAAAAUGACUGUAUGGAGCGAUGACAACAAAGUUGUAGCAGGACGCGACUUGGAAGCGGGCGGAACAUGGUUGGCGGUGUCGCCUUCCCGGAAAAAAGUUGGAGUCCUACUCAACCUGCCUGGAUCAGCGAAACCCAAUAGUCAAAGUCGAGGUAAAAUCAUAGCAGAUUACGUAAAAUGUGACACACCCACCAAAGAAUAUAUUGAGCAAAUGAAAUCUUAUUUUAACGAAUGUAACGAAUUCCUGUUCGUGACUAUUGAAGAUUUUGUAAAAUCGCCUUUAAUUCAAGCUUAUGAUAAUACCACGUGUGAACUAACGAACUACACAAGCCGAUGUGAAGGGUUCGGUAAUUGUUUACCAGGUACUCCGUUGAAAAAAGUUGACGGCGGUAAAAAUAAAAUGCAAGAAAUAUGCAGGAAAUUCAGCAAACUUAGUAUGAAAGGGGAACUUACGAAUGAACUUGUUGCAUUUCUGAAGUCCGACCAAAGGUAUCUGCCAGACCAACUUCUAGAAAAGCGGCGACCAGACUCUUAUAAAGAAUUGAGUUCUAUAUUUGUAUCUAUUCCAAAAGGAAGAUAUGGAACAAGGACACAUACUGUGGUACUUGUCACCAAGAGUGGUCUUGUGGAUAUAGUAGAAGUCAAUUUAAAACCGCCAGAUGAUCUGCUCAACCCAGAAUGGGAAACCAGCAAGUUCCAGUUUAACUUAUAAUUCUGAUGACCAAAUUAACUUUGCCCUUUAGUAGUCAUAUACUUACUUUAUAUAACAAUGAAAGAGUAAAGAAAAACAAAAAUGAAAAGAUAAGAAAUAAACUGUCAACAUAUUUUUAAGUGUAAAAUGAAUUCUGCUAAUGUAGAAAAUAUUGUUUUACUUCUUAUACAUUAAAUAGGCAGUUAUAUUUUUGUAUUACA